AGGGCCGAGCACUAUAUUAGUGGAAGCAGGUUUGUGUUUGUUCACCUGAUAUAUUUCCCAUCUUUAAUCGUCAGUCAACAAAUUGUGAAGCUCUUAUCAGAAAAAUGGAGACAGUAACAGUGAUGAAGCCAUUGAUCAGAGUCGCUGCUCUAUCCGGUUCCCUGCGGAAAGGCUCUUACCACAAUGGUCUUCUCCGUGCCGCGAUCGACUUGACGAAAGAAUUGGUGCCGGGAAUGCAGAUUGAGUAUAUCGACAUAUCUCCACUGCCGUUCAUCAAUACUGACCUGGAAAUAAAUGGUACCUAUCCUGCUGUCGUCGAAGCUUUCCGGCAGAAAAUCCUUGAAGCCGAUAGUAUUCUGUUCGCCUCCCCUGAGUAUAAUUACUCUGUGUCAGCUCCUCUUAAGAACGCGAUUGACUGGGCUUCCCGACCACCUAAUGUUUGGGCGGACAAACCUGCCGCCAUCAUUAGCACCGGUGGAAUAUUUGGUGGAGGAGUAUCUCAAUAUCAUCUUCGCCAAAUUGGUGUAUUCCUUGAUCUUCAUUUUAUCAACAAGCCAGAAUUUACUCUCAAUGCAUUCCAACCGCCUGAGAAAUUUGAUGUGGAAGGAAACUUGGUCGAUGAACCAGCUAAGGAGAGGUUGAAAAAAGUCCUUAUCUCAUUGCAAGAAUUUACUAUUCGACUUCAGGGUCAAGAUUGAGGGAAUUCUUAAUCAUUUGUAAGGCUUGUUUGUGUGAUGGAAAUAAUGCAAAUUGUUGUAAUAAAAACAGUGUGUCACUUAUCUUAUAAUCGUUUAUGUCUAUUAUAAAUAUGUAUAUGAUGUUA